AGCUUGGAAGUGGAAAAACGUGUUGCUGUUCGAAUAGACAAACUAUUUUUGCUCCUUGGGCAGGUUGCAGCCAACAUGCUUCGCUUGGCUAGGGUGGGAAUGCUAAUUUCCAAUCAGUUAAGGAAGAGAAUUCCAGCAGAAGCAAUUGUUGAGCUAGACAAGGCGAAAGGUUUCCUAGACAACUCGAUAAGAAUAGCGAGGGAAGUACCUAUCAAAUCAGUGAAGCAGAGAGGUAGAUUGAGAAAUGGAAAUUCGGCAGAGAGUGGAGACAAUGGACGCGUAGCAAUGACCAUACUGCUGCAGUCGUUUGAUUUAUUAGGGUUCCUGAGCCUCGCCAAGCAAGAAUUGCAAGAGUCACGGGAUGAGAACUCACAUCUUGUUGAAGCUGAAGACGCCCUUUUAGGAUGCAUGUCUUCUUACAAAGAGUUCGCUCAUGAGAGGUCGGUCUGUGGUUUCAUUGAGGCGAAGGUUGAGCAUCUUUCAUGCUUAAAGCAUCCAGCAAGCUUGAUUGAGGAUAUCGCUCGGGCAGGGAUGCAGCAUUCUUAAAAAGUCAAUAUGCAUGAGCUGAAACACGAGAAAUUAGUCAAGUUGAAAAGGAAAUUUCUCAAAUGAGGAGACAUCAGAAGUAGACAGGACCUUCUUAAUGCCGGAUCUGGAGUUACUCUGUCGAGGUAUUAAGGCAAAACAGAACUUUCUUGUGCAGGUGUGUUCAACACUAACAUAUUUUAGGGAA